AUGACCAUCAAAAAGCAGACUGAUGCCGUCCUCCUCAAUAUUGCUGCAUCGGCUCCUAUCCUGCGUCCAUUGUACAAAAGACUUCUUGGCAAGGACCCUUUGGAUUCUUCGUACGACAUGCACCAUAGCUAUGUUACAAAGACUCAAGUCUCGCAUGGACGGACUGGUCCCAGAUAUGACGACUCUACGAGCGACAAGGCUGCCAUUCUAACCAAGGAUUCACUACCUGAGGAAAACUACUAG